ACUGAUGUGGCUACCAGCACUCCGUUGAAUCAGCAUGAAGGUUCCUGGAAGUUGGACGCCGGUGCAGUACCUCUGGAAGUCCCGGGUUCCGUUGAUUGCCGUUCCAGUCCUCAUCGGUUUGCAGAACUGGCACGCUGAACAUCCCAGCGACACUGAUGCGCUGGGCACGCAGAACAUUCUCGUCGAGGUGCUGUUGCUGUUAGGCUUGGCACUUGGAACAGGCUACCUGCGUCUACCAUUUUCCAUCACGUGGUGGCUGGUUCUGCUGGCGGCCUAUGCCAUUCAAACCAGGUUCCUCUUGGGCGUCGCCACCGUUCUAUCGCUCUCGGUGCUUUUGACUUGGUAUGGUCUGCGGUUUCAACACGCUGCGGCCAUUUCGGCCUUGUGGGCAGGAGCCCCGAUGACCAGCCGCUGGUGCCGGGUAGCGUGGCAACUCUGGGAUCUGUGCGUCCAUCUGUGGCCGGCAGUGAUGAUGAUCUACAGCCAUGGGCCCAGUUGGACCGCUCCGGCCACAGCCGGCGUGGUGACACCCCUCAGUGCACUGGUGGCGCUGCCGAUGUCCUUGACGUGGCUCUGUGGGCUCAGCCUCGGUCUGACCGAGGAUGCGAUCCGACAGGGCGACCUCUCUCUCAGCCGGCACGCUUAUCGAGUCUCCUCCGAACUCCCCAAAGAGGCUUGGAUCUUCGUCCACGCCUCUCAUGGCGUUGUUUGCUUGACCUGGAUAUUGGCCUUGCUCUUGCCCGGCAUAGCUCUAGGCGUGACCGGUUUGUUUAUUCUCAUGGGAAUUGUGAAGCAACCCUUCACUACUGCCUGGUGGUGUAUGUUUGCCACCUGCAUGUGCUUCAACUAUGGCCCUCUUCGUCAAUGGAGGUUGGUUGAACAACCUGCCAACCUCAAACUUCUGGAGGGCCUCUGCUGCAUCUGUGCCGCGACGAUGUCCUUGGGAUUCUACGGAGCCCAGGUGUUUUCACCGUGGGCAUUCAGGUCCAUGGUCUUGAACUGGGCAGUGCGUCCACUUGCUCGUUGGUUCCCGUCCAUCUCCAAACCGUUGCUGCACGCUGUGGAGACGAAGACCUUUUGGAUUCUCGCGCGGCUGGGGGACAGCAUGUUGCAUCUUAUUCCGUCCAUCGUCGCGGUGUGUCUUUUCCACUCCUCCGUCACGUUUUUGAGCGCUUUGGUGGCGUUCCCGAUGAACCUCGUGUGGCUCUACAGCGCAGGAGCACGUUCACUGGAGGCCACCAACGAGCUCUAUGGAGUGGAGCCGCACCUCGCUAGCGGCACGUUGCACUUUGUCUACGGCAGCCACUGGCUGGUCUGCACAGGUGUUGCGGCCUGGUGUGCCAUUGACGAAGGUACUGCUUGGACAUAGCUUCAUGGUGUAAGCCAAGCAGGUGAAUCUUAGAUUCACAGGAGGAUUCACGAGUCAAUGUUCAGCUGUUCUGCUGCAUCGUUCCGUGAGUGACCCGCAGCUGUUCAGGGCCUGACUCGGCCCUGACUGGGCCUGACCGUGAACCCCUGGAUCACUGGGAUUUCACCCGUCGUUCACCCUGAG